AUGUCUACUAAUACUACUAGUUUGAAAAAUAGACCAAGUAUAAUGUCCAUGUCCGCAAGGGGAGUAUCUACAACAGGCACAAGUAACACUGCUGUCCAUUCUGCAAGACCGUUCAGACCUUGUAAUGACUGUACCUGUUCUCCAGGUCUUCUGUCCAGACAAGGCAGAAGGUCUCUAACGUUCUACAAACGCAUGGAAAGCUCUCGCAGGAAGAAAGAAGGAUCAAACCAACAACCAACGAGCGACUCUGCCUCGGUAUACUCUUCUGAUACGUUGUGUAAGACUAGCAGAGAAAUCAAUACCACUGGUAGAUUACUUGCAUUACGUAAGUUGAUGCAAAAACAUGAUUUAGGCUGUUAUAUCGUACCUAGUGAAGAUGAACAUCAAUCUGAAUACGUCUCAUUGGCUGACCAGAGAAGAGCCUUUAUUUCGGGUUUUUCAGGUUCUGCAGGUGUUGCCUGUAUCACCAGAGAUGUCUUAAACUUCAAUAAUGACGAUCAUGUGGGUAAAUCCAUCCUGAGUACCGAUGGUAGAUAUUUCAAUCAAGCUUUACAAGAAUUAGAUUAUAACUGGACUUUGGUCAGACAAGGCGUAGAUUCCGUUACUUGGCAAGAUUGGUGUAUAAAAGAAUCUGCGGAAAUGUCAUUGGCUCUUGGUGGCAAGGACGUCAAAAUUGGUGUCGAUCCAAAAUUAAUUAGUUAUGAACAAGUUACACUCUUUGAAAAACAGAUAAAUGAAAUGAACAAUGAAAAUGAUUCUAAAGUAUCUUUGGUCGCCAUAGAAGAAAAUUUAAUAGACUCUAUUUGGGGUAAGUUCGAAGUUGUUCCCGAAAAACCUAAAAACGAUCUUCUACUAUUAUCUUACGACUUCCAUGGCGAAGAAUUCAAAGCAAAGAGAUCGAGAGUAUUAGAAAAAUUGAAAGGUUCUGAUAAGGAAUUAAAGACUACAUUUAUUGUUGUUGCACUGGAUGAAAUUUGUUGGUUUUUAAACCUACGUGGUUCUGAUAUUGAUUAUAAUCCUGUUUUCAAUGCUUACCUCCUAAUCAAUGAUGACGCAGAAACAACUUUAUUCACUGACGAUCCAUACGAUGAAGCAAUUUCCAAAUAUUUCAAAGAUAACGGCAUUACAGUAAAGCCUUACAUGGAAAUUUGGAAAUACCUUGAUAACUAUACACAGGCCAUCUGUUCCAAAGCUAACGAAAAACAUCAAAUUCUAUUGUCAGAUAAUUCAUCUUGGAAACUGGUUCGUUCAGUGUCUGGAACUCCAUACAAGACCAUUCACUCACCCAUUGAUUCUUUCAAAUCUGUCAAGAACCAAUUUGAAAUUAACAAUGCACGUAAAUCUCAAAUAAAGGAUGCAGUUUGCCUUGUUCAGUACUUUGCCUGGUUAGAAAAUCAAUUAGUUGAUAAAGAAAUACUUAUCGAUGAAUACAAAGCGGCUGAAAAGUUAACGGAAAUUAGAAAGACUCAAAAGAAUUUUAAAGGUAAUUCCUUUGAGACCAUUUCAUCAACAGGUGCCAAUGCCGCAGUAAUUCAUUACUCUCCACCAAAGGAAGGCUCGACUAUGAUUAAUCCGUCCAAGAUUUAUCUUUGUGAUUCAGGUUCACAAUUUUUGGAAGGUACUACUGACAUUACAAGAACGCUCCAUUUCACAACUCCCUCACAAGAAGAAAUCAAUAACUAUACAUUAGUCUUAAAGGGUAAUCUAGCCUUAGAAAGACUAGUGAUUCCUGAAGGUACGACAGGUUUCAGCAUUGAUGCAAUUGCAAGACAAUUCUUGUGGUCUCAUGGAUUAGAUUAUAGGCACGGCACAGGGCAUGGUAUUGGGUCAUUCUUAAACGUCCAUGAGGGGCCUAUCGGUAUUGGUUUCAAACCACAUCUUGUCAACUAUGCCCUAAGACCAGGAAAUAUAAUAAGUAAUGAACCAGGCUAUUACAAAGAUGGAGAGUAUGGUAUCAGGAUUGAGAAUGAUAUGUUAGUGAAAGAGGCCAAGAAUUUAAAAUUUGGUGAUCGUAAGUUUUUAAAAUUUGAAAAUAUCACUAAAGUCCCCUAUUGUAAACGACUUAUAAAUGUAGGACUCCUUUCAGACGAAGAAAAAGUACAAAUUAACAAGUACCAUGAUAGGAUCUGGAAUGAACUCGUUCAAUUCAUUCAACCACAAAGUAUAUCUUACAAGUGGCUUCAAAGAGAAACGAGCCCCUUGCAAUAA